AUGGGAUGUGGAGCAUCAAAAUAAUAACAUGAAAAACUGAAGAGUUAUGUAAAUUGUAUUAGUGAGCUUAGAAAUUAAAAUUGGAAGAGUUAGGAUAAAUAAAUGAUUAAUUAGCUAAAUAGAUAGCAGAUUUAAGAGAUGUUAAAAAUAAAAGAAAACCUAUUUAUAUUAUCAAAGAUCAAGAGGUAUUAGAAAUAUUAAUGUUUUUGAGAGGUGGAAGAAUUGACAUCUUAUAAGGAAGAACUUGAGAGGAAGUUUUUGUUGAUUGAAAAAGAAAUUACUAGACUUAAUAAACAAUUUCAAAUUUAAUCAAAAGUGGAACCAAAGAAAAAAAGAAAAACUACUAAACCUAUUGAUAUUGAUGAUAUUGCAGAUGAAGAAGAAUGGAAGAAAGUUAAUUAAAUUAUAUUAAAAUAGAAUAUGAUGAAUGAUAAUGAUGUCACUAUUAAACCUUUUGAUGAUGCUUAACUUGAAAUUUAAUCAGAUAAUAUUGGAAAGAAGCAUAUUAAUAAUAGCUCUUAAAGUAAAAUUAUAAAAUUAAAUAGGUGAUGUUUUAAUGUUAGAUUCCUAAUAAAAUAUUAAAAAACAAAUUGCUAAUGUAGAAAAUAAAGAAGAAGUCAAUCAUUUAGAAUAAUAACUCUAAUUUUAAAGCUAAAAAAUUAUUAUUUAAAAUGAUCAAUUAAAUGACCAAAAUAAUAUUGAUAAUUAAUCUAAGCUCUAAACAAAUUAAUAAGAUUUACUCAAAAUUAAAGUUAGUAUUUAAGAGGCUUUAGGACAAGAUCUACAAGCAUAUAAUGAUGAAAUUAAAAACAAAUUAUUUUCUCAAGACUAAAGUAAUCAACCAUAAUAAACUUUGAAAAAUAGUGAAAUUGAAAUUUGUUUUAAUGAGUAAUCCUUAGAAUAAAUUGCAUAAAGUCCUGAAAAAAACAUAAACACUCUUCCAAAAAAGGUCAAGCAAAAUUAACCACAAACUUCUUCUUAAGUUUUAAAUUAAUAAUAGUAAAAAGCAGAAAAACAAUUAUUCUUCUCUAAAUAACGUCCUUCUGGUAAUGAUCAACAAAGAAAUUCAAAAUAUAAAUACCAACUAUGA